AUGAUACAAAAAAAAUCGAUAAACGGCCUGUUACUAAUGUCUGACGAUGACUCAGUCGGUUCAAGGAAGUGCAAGUCGGCGUUACAUUUCGACACGGAGUACUUAUAUGCGGUUUCAAGAUUACCAGAUGAGCCGCCAAUAUUUUUGCUUGGCAGUGAGAUCAUACCGCGCAAACAAACGCCAUUAAGCAAGGUGGGGCAGAGGGCGACUCUUUCUAUAUUACGAAAAGGGUUCACGGCAAGCAGACACCACUUGUAUAAUAGAUUGGUGCCCCCGGUUGGAUCUAGACAUCCUUACCGCGUGCAGUAA